UAGGCGAGUAGGCGUAUCCCUUUUUUUUUUAGCUUUCAUGUCUAUCCAGUUGCCAAUUGGCAACAUUGUAAAGAUAUCAACAGACUGAACAGACAAUAUGGCCAGCGGUUUGUGGAAACUCUUCAAGUUUUCUGUUCGUGUAGGUGUCCCGGCUACAGCAGUGUACGUCACCACUCAAGAGGGAUUAUGGGGGUCAACAGAGGAAACCUUCUUGUUUUAUAAAAAAUUUGAAGAAUUACUACCUGGGAAAGAAGUUGUCAUCUCCAAAGAUCAGGAAGAUAAACUGAAAGAAGUUUAUGAAAAGAUGCGAAUCUGGUCAAAACCUGACCAUAUUCCACUUGCAGUCAGGUGGAAUAAUGGAGUUGUCAAAGCUGUGACAUUUCUUGAUUCAUUACCUGAGGAAGUCAAGAAGCUCAUUAUUAAGUAGUGUUCCUUUAAAAGUUGUAUUUUGUAUAUUAUGGUUUGCCCACUAGGAAUAAAGCUAUAGUAAAAAUCUGAAA